AUGUCUUCUGAUCUCUCUGUAUCUGACAAUUUCUUAACUGAACCGUUCCCUCCAUUUACUGAUUCCUCCAUUGAUAUUUUUCUAGAAUUUCAAGAAAAUAUUAAUAAUAGUUCAAAUUUAAUUCAAGAGAAAAACCCACUCGAUGAAACAAAUUCUUUCGGAAAAAUUUCGUCUAUCAUUUUCUCACCUUCUUCUUCCUCACCAAGUUUCCAGCUUGAAAAUCUCUCAAUAUCCUAUUUAGAAAAUGCAAACUACCCUUUUUCAGAGGUGAAAUCAGAGGAACUUCCAGUCCCUUUUGAGAGUUUUUCUUGUCAUGAUAAUUCAUUGACGCCUCAAAGCUAUGAUGAGGGUUCUGAGAUUGCAAUGAAGUUCAUGCAGAGGAGUUUUAGCAGCAAUUCAUUUGAUGGAAAACAAAAUAAUUUAUUUCAGCCUGGAAUUGAUUGUGUUUCGGAAUGUUCAAAUUCGCUGAAACACAUCUUUAGUCCACCAGGGACCAGUUUUUCAUCUGGUGAAAUGAGAAGGGUUUGCAGCACUGGAGAUUUGCAAAAGAUGAGAACAAAGUUGCAAACAGGCAAUGCAUUGUCCUCUAGUCCAUUGUCUAUGGAGAAGUCAUUCAUGGAUGAUGCAAACUUCAAAGUAGGGCGCUACAGUGCAGAAGAGAGAAAAGAGAGGAUUCAAAGGUACAGAGCCAAAAGGUCUCAAAGAAACUUCAACAAGACGAUUAAGUAUACAUGUCGCAAGACGCUAGCCGACAAUCGACCAAGAAUACGUGGCAGGUUUGCAAAAUACGACGAAGCUGGAGAGAUUCCCAAAGCAUCAAUUUUAAAUAGAUUUGAAGACGAAGAUGAUCUUUGGAUUGAUGGACUUCAUGAAGUCUUUGAUGAAGGAUUUAUAGGAGGAGAGCCAUUCUUCAACAACUUUGGUUCAACUCAUUAUCAGAACUAUUACUACGGAUGA